CACAGGUGGACAUAGUGGGAAGUAAGUUGGAUAUUUUUUGUUGGGUUUAGUUGCAGCCAUUGUGAUUGAUUUGUUGUGAGUUGAAGUGAAAAUAAUUGGACUUUUCUGCAAUUUUCCUGCCGAAAAACACCAUCAAUUGGUCAACGGUGUGAAAUCUUCGCCGUACCAUGAGCUAUCAGCAGCACAAUCGAACGAUGUCGCAUAAUCAAUACAAUCCACCGGACUUGCCGAUGGUGUCUGCUAAAGAGCAGACACUGAUGUGGCAGCAGAACUCCUACAUGGGUGAUUCUGGUAUUCAUUCGGGAGCCGUCACCCAGGUACCAUCGUUGAGUGGCAAAGAGGAUGACGAAAUGGAUGGUGAUCCUUUGAUGUUUGACCUUGAUCAGGGCUUUACUCAAAAUUUCACUCAAGAUCAAGUUGAUGAUAUUAAUCAACAAUUGAGUCAAACCCGAUCACAGCGUGUCAGGGCUGCCAUGUUCCCCGAGACUCUCGAAGAGGGCAUUGAGAUCCCAUCGACACAAUUUGAUCCGCAGCAGCCAACAGCUGUACAGCGUCUGUCUGAGCCAUCGCAGAUGCUGAAGCAUGCUGUGGUGAACUUAAUCAACUAUCAGGAUGAUGCCGAUUUGGCAACAAGAGCUAUUCCUGAGUUGAUAAAGUUGCUCAAUGAUGAGGAUCAAGUUGUGGUGAGUCAGGCAGCCAUGAUGGUCCAUCAAUUGUCAAAGAAGGAAGCUUCGAGGCAUGCCAUUAUGAACAGCCCUCAGAUGGUGGCGGCUCUCGUGCGUGCCAUUUCCAACAGCAACGAUUUGGAAACCACUAAAGGUGCCGUGGGUACUCUGCACAAUUUAUCGCACCAUCGUCAGGGUCUCCUGGCCAUAUUCAAGAGUGGUGGUAUUCCGGCUCUGGUGAAAUUGCUCUCAUCACCCGUUGAAUCUGUGCUCUUCUAUGCGAUUACGACACUCCACAAUUUGUUGCUGCAUCAGGACGGUUCCAAAAUGGCAGUGAGACUUGCAGGUGGCCUGCAGAAGAUGGUAGCGCUCUUGCAGCGCAACAAUGUCAAAUUUUUGGCGAUCGUCACUGACUGUCUGCAAAUUCUGGCGUACGGUAAUCAAGAGAGCAAACUUAUCAUUCUUGCCUCCACUGGACCCAUUGAACUUGUUCGCAUUAUGCGUUCAUAUGAUUAUGAGAAAUUGCUGUGGACAACAUCGAGGGUAUUGAAGGUGUUGUCUGUCUGCUCAAGCAAUAAACCAGCAAUUGUCGAUGCUGGUGGUAUGCAGGCAUUGGCUAUGCACUUGGGCAAUCCAUCACAGCGUCUUGUGCAGAAUUGUCUGUGGACGCUGCGAAAUUUGUCUGAUGCUGCUACAAAAGUUGAUGGGUUGGAUGGGCUAUUGCAGUCUCUGGUACAGGUUUUGGCAUCAACUGAUGUCAAUGUUGUGACAUGUGCUGCUGGCAUCUUGUCCAAUUUGACGUGCAACAAUCAACGCAAUAAGAUAACGGUGUGUCAAGUGGGUGGGGUUGAUGCACUUGUACGCACCAUCAUCAAUGCUGGAGAUCGUGAAGAAAUAACGGAGCCGGCUGUCUGUGCUCUGCGUCAUCUCACAUCGCGUCAUGUUGAGAGUGAGAUGGCACAGAAUGCUGUGAGGCUCAAUUAUGGGCUUCCGGUGAUUGUUAAAUUGCUCCAUCCACCGAGUCGUUGGCCAUUGAUCAAGGCUGUCAUUGGCCUGAUCAGAAAUCUGGCUCUCUGUUCAGCCAAUCAUGCUCCAUUGCGAGAGCACGGAGCUAUUCAUCAUCUGGUUAGGCUUCUAAUGAGAGCCUUCCAGGAUACUCAGAGGCAACGAAAUUCCGUGGCCAGUACAGGGUCACAGCAGCCAGGAGCUUAUGCUGAUGGCGUACGGAUGGAGGAGAUUGUCGAGGGGACAGUUGGAGCACUGCACAUCCUUGCCAGGGAAUCCCACAAUCGCGCCCUCAUUCGCCAGCAGGCUGUCAUCCCCAUCUUCGUGCAGUUGCUCUUCAACGAGAUUGAAAAUAUUCAGCGUGUUGCUGCGGGAGUUUUGUGCGAACUGGCAGCUGAUAAGGAAGGAGCUGAGAUGAUUGAGCAGGAAGGAGCUACAGCUCCACUCACUGAACUCCUUCAUUCGCGCAAUGAAGGUGUGGCCACGUAUGCGGCUGCAGUGCUAUUCCGUAUGAGUGAAGAUAAGCCCCAGGACUACAAGAAACGUCUCUCCAUGGAGCUGACCAAUUCGCUCCUGCGAGAGGACAACAAUAUGUGGAAUAAUGCAGAUCUGGGAAUGGGACCGGAUUUGCAGGACAUGCUGGGUCCCGAUCAAGGCUAUGAGGGCCUUUAUGGACAAGGCCCUCCGAGUGUUCACAGUUCUCAUGGUGGACGAGCUUAUCAGCAAGGCUACGAUACUCUUCCGAUAGAUUCGAUGCAGGGUCUGGAGAUUGGCGGUGGGAUUGGACCUCCAGGGGCUAAUCCCACCUCGCCAUACUGCAUGGACAUGGAUGUGGGGGAAAUGGGUGCUGGGGAGUUGUCUUUUGAGCAUCUGGAGGCAAUGCCAUCGCCACCACAAGCUACAGAUAAUCAGGCAGCUGCCUGGUAUGAUACUGACUUGUGAGUGCAACGAUCCCCAUUUCCAUCUUCAUUUCAGAUCAUUUUAUUCCUUCGAUUUUUACAAAAGAGAAAAAAAAAACAUUUUUAUACAUUUUUUUUCGUUUAGAUUCUAAGAUGAGAGAUUUUUUUCUUUUCAAUAUUUUAGAAAGUAUAUUUUAUAUUUUAUUGGAAGAAAGUAUAUACAGAUGAUAUACAAUUGCAAUUGAUCAGCAUUCUCCUUGAUCCCAGUUUUUUUUUUUUAAUAUUUUGACGAUGAUUGAGAAGCUGUUUUAUUAUUUUUUAUGUUUAAAAAUCGUUUUUUAAAGAAAUAUUGAGAUAUUUUAAUAGUGAAAAAAAAUCAAAUAAAUGGAAAAUAACAGGGUGAACAACAAAAAAAAUGAGAAAAUAUUUAAGAAAAUUUUACAUAACAAUUAAAAUGACUUUCUAGAAGAAAAAAAAAGCAUCAAUUUGUCAUUCAUUUAACUUUACAGAAUACAGUAUUGCUCUACGAUGUAAGUGUUUGUAGGAUUUAAGGACAAAAAAAAAUGUAAUUUUAAGUUUAAAAAAAAGAAUAUAGAUAAAAAAGCAGGAUAAAUUUAAAAGAAAGGUCGUAGAUUUCAUCAUGAAAAAAAAGUUUAUAAAUGUAUCUUUCAAAAAAAAACUACUUACGAUUUUCAAAAAGGAAUGAUGAAAAUUUCUAGAGUAAAGUAAAAUAUUUAGUGGAAAGGAUAAAUUUUUAGAAUUUUAAGAAUUGUUCACUCUCGCCCUUCACGCGAUGAGUUGUAUUUGCAUAAGAAUUGUCCCCCAAACUUUGGCCAAAAUGAUGAAAGAGAGAAAGAUGCAUUAACUGUAAUGUGAGUGUUUUUUAGCACAUUUUAAAAGAGUAAUAUCUUACAAUAGAUAAGUUUUCAUUUUAUUUUUUAGAUAAAACAAUAAUAGACGGAUAAUCUCUGAAUUUUUUUGUAUCACAAGAAGGAGAACUAUUUAAAAUAUUCAUUUUAUUUUUUUGCUGAUAGGAACACAUUUAGGUGUUUACAUUCAUAAGGAAAUAGACUUUUAUUUUGACGCAUUGCGUGCACAAAACCAUCUUAUAAUAUGCACAAUUUUAAUAAAAAAUAAUUAUAUAAAGAAUACAAA